CUUCUUCAUUACCUCGUUGGUCCGCCUUCCCCAAAGAUCCAUUGUUGAAGCUAUCUCGUGUUACUCAGGUAGUUGCAUAUACAUCGCUCGCGCUCUGUGAUCGAGUACCUUAUCGUUAGCUUCUAUCCGUCCAGAUUCCCAACCCAAACCACCAACUCUCGAAACCUACUCCAACCACCAACCAUCCAUCCACGAUGUCUUCAACCUCUAUUCCACCAGAGUCUGACUCUCAGUUGCAACCCCACAAUGGCGCUGGAAAAAAAGAGUCCGUAUCUCCGCUACAAUCCCAUCUAAACUACCUCCAGAUUCCCACCACCCCGCUUCCCACCGUAGUCCAAGCCCUCCACUGGCUCCUCCUUAAUCCAGAUUUCCAUCUGACCCCUUCCAUCACACCGACCGGUAAACGCCUCAUUACUCUCACCAUCACUGCCAGCGCCGACACAACUCCCUCCCUAACCGGCACAGCGGACCUCAACACCCUCGGUAGGAUCCACCUUACAUCUGCAACCCGCUGCCGAGACGAGCAUGCGUCAUUUAAGACGCGCCUCCUACAUGUCUCGCUCGACGAACCAAUUGAAAAGCUUUACGAUGCAAGCGAGAAGAUCCUAAGCGACGGUCUAAGCAAUGGGACAGUGCGAUACCCGCCUUUAAGUGAAGACGAGAUGGACGAGUGUCCUUGUUGCCGUGGCGAUCCAGAUGCAGUGAUUUUAUUUGGGUUCCAUCAUGGAAAUGCGUUAUACUUCGAAGAAGACGAGUAUAAGGCUAUCUGGGGAGAUGAGGAGUAUCAUGGGCUUUUGUCUGGGUCUGACGGUACUUGGUUGAUGGCGAGGAAGGAGAUGGUGGAGAGGAUGGUGGAAGCGGAGGAAGGGGAAAAUAAAGGGGUGAGUAAACUUUGAUUGAGACGUCGACAUAUCGAACUUGGAGUGCGGAGAGAAAGCUUGAGAGUCUUGGUUUACCCUUCCAAGUAGUGACUUCUACGUCCAAGUGGCCGUUUGAGGUCGGUGAUCAAGGAUCAAAGGUUGUCAGACCAUGUUUGGCCUGUCUUUAGUAUGUCUCGCCUGUUGGGUAGACCAGAAGCGUUCAGGGUUGAGACAUAUCGUUACCUUCUUAAAGCAAAUUGACCAUGAGUCGACGGUUGAGAACAAACCCGUGUGUCAGCAUUUACGUUUCAUCCAAGAUCCUUCAGCAGGCCAGUUUAAUGCAUUUCAGGAUGGCAUUUAUAUGUAGUAUCUACGCUAGGACAUCCAAUUAGCCUAUUGACUUCAGCUUGAAUGGCAACGUUUCCAAAAG